AUGCCACCUCAAAAGAAGGCCAUUGCGCUUCGUUUGAAUCGUGAAGCUCUCAAUUUGCUUGAGCAAAUGUGCAAAGGGCAAGCGGAUUCGAACCUAACGCUUCAAGUUGAAGAUAACAAAUCGACUAUGGUGAUCGGGAACAAGUCUUUCCCUUUAAGCCUGCUGGAGGGAAAUGCUCCAGGCUCGAUUUAUGCAUCCAACAAUCGUAAUGGAUCGAACAGAAUUGCAUUUGUGGGCGACGUACUACAAUGGUCCUGUAUGCGGCAGGUUCUUUCCAGAGAAGACAUUUCAAGAGUGCGAAGUCGAACGGAAGCAGCUGAACGAGAUAAGAAUGCUAGACGAACAGAGCUUCUAGACGUUCCAGAUAUCAUACCAUUGCAGCCCAGUUCCGGUAAAAAAUUGAAUGCGAGACGUCAAUCGCAAGGAGCAGCUUCUGUUUCGCCUACUUCCCUUCGUCCAGCUGCGCAACGUGUUCAAAAACCUUCCAGCGUAUUACCAACACCAAAAUACGAUCUUGCACCGUCUUCUUCACCUUCUCUGUCCGCUUCUUCCACUUUACGCGAUCGCUUGAUUCAUCUGCUUGCUCUACGUCCAUGCGCUCUUUCGCAACUGUUGAACAUGCUUAAAGUUACUGCGGCAGAGUUAAUGUCGAUUCUGAAAAAGGUGGCUGUAUGCGCAAACAACGAAUGGUGCUUGCGCCCAGAGAUCUACAAAGAAAUUCGGAUCUGGGAAUGGAAUCGGUAUGAUGACAAGGAACGAGCAAUUGUUGCCAAUAACGCCGAAGAGGCGUACGAUUUACUGAAAUUACCACGGAGUGCGCCGGAGCGUGCAAAUCUUACACCUGCCCGUAAACCACGAAAUCAGCAACAGUAUCUGAUACAACCGCCUCCACAACGUCGUACAAGUGGGCAAGAAUCUCUGAAACGGCAGGAUCGAUCAGACGAAGAAAAGCCACGGGAAACAAAGAAGGCCAAAAAAUCGACAGAGAAAAGCAAAUCCAAAACAUCAAGUAAUGCGAGUCAGAAAGACUCACCUAUACCAACGUCAUCAUCUACCACGAAAAUCCACCGAGACUCGGAAAUCAGAUGCGCACAGCCUACUAAAGCCAGCAUUCACACAUCGAAUCAAUCGCGGACAUUAUCAGCAAGAGCAAUUCCUCCCAAAACAGUUGCGAGUGAUUCUGAAAGCACCGAUGAUGAGUCGAAUAGGCCCUAUACACCACCUGUUAUCCAAUCUCAGACAGAUUUUGAAAAACUGUGUAAAGAGCACGAACAAGAACAAAAGAGAUAUAUACGAUUUCGAAAAGACAUCAACAAGCAAUAUCCGAUCUAUAUCGACGCUCUUUGCAAUUCCGAUCCUGCAGAAGAUAAGGGGGCUGAAAUCGAUCAAAAAGAACAUGUACAGCGAAAACUGCGUGAAUAUUAUCGAUCUCACGGCGGCGAUAUGAGCAAAUGGCGGUUACUGAUGCGGCUUACGCGAAGAUUCAAUUCACAGCAUACCAAGCUCGAAGCAAUGUGGAUCGCUAUAGAAAAGGCCUUUCACAAAAAUCAUUACAAGAUACCAUCUUCUUCCUCUUCAUGA